CGCUCUGUGCUAUUUAAAUGCCCCGACUCCCCCCUCUUCCUUCGCUUGCUCCUCUCUGCCUCUGCAAAUCAAUCACCCCGACUCGGAAGAGACUCUGCUCCCCUGCUCCUCGCGGCUAGCUCUCCGGCCAUGGCCUUCCAGUCCCCCGUCAGCUCCCCCUUCGACUGCCUCCUCAUAGACCUCGACGACACGCUGUACCCGGGCAACACCGGCAUUGGGCCCGCCCUGAGGCGCAACAUCGACGAGUUCCUCGUCGCCAGGUUCGGCCUCGCCGCCGACAAGGCCGCCGCGCUCCGCGCCGACCUCUUCCGCUCCCACGGCAGCACCCUGGCCGGCCUCAUCGCGCUCGGCCACGACGUGCACCCGGACGAGUACCACAGCUACGUGCACGGGAGGCUGCCCUACGACGUGAUCGCCGCCGACCCGCAGCUCGCCGCCGCGCUCCAGAGCAUGCCCCAGCGCAAGAUCCUGUUCACCAACUCGGACCGCGCGCACAUGAAGCGGGCGCUGGAGCGGCUGGGCGUGGACGAGGCCUGCUUCGACGGCGUCGUGUGCUUCGAGACCAUGAACCCGCACCUCUUCGGGGAGGAGGCGGAGGAGGACGAGGGCGAGGCCGCCGACGACGUCGACCGCCCCGCCGUCGUCCUGAAGCCGUCCGUCCACGCCUUCGUCACCGCCCUGCGCGUCGCCGGCACAAACCCACGUCGAACGCUCUUCCUCGACGACAGCGAGAGGAACAUCGCCGCGGGGAAAGCACUCGGCCUCCGCACAGCCCUGGUUGGCAAGAGGGCGAGGAGCAAGGAGGCGGACUACGCGCUGGAGACCGUCGGCGGCCUCCGGCGAGCCAUCCCGGAGAUCUGGGGCGGCGCGGCGGCCGACGGCGAGCUGCAGCCCGACCACAACGUGGAGAAGAACAAGAGCAUGAGGGCCGAGCUGGACGCCGUCAUCCAGCCCACCCCCAUCCAGGCUUGAUCGAUCGAUCGCGUCCAGAUGAUCUCCAAUCCAGACGCUGCUUGUCCAUACUGCGUCACUAAUAAGGCUUCCCUCCUGUAUGUAUGCGGUCAUUCUGAUUGAUUCUUGGUGCUUAAUUAUGCGUGUGUACAGUUCAUAUGCAUGUACAGUAAGUACCUACCUACUACUAGCUGACAGAUGGACAGGCAGGCAGAUAACAAUCAUGUAUGAUUCUGAUGAGCACCGUGUUCUAAAGUAAAGCAAAGCAAAUCAGUUUAAUUGCAGGA